AAAGCUUGAGAGCGCACGAACACUUCGUUCAGUGCUCAAAUAGAACUCAAAUCGUGCGGUUGCAGAUACCGUCCGCUGCGGAAGACUAGAACAAACCAAAACCGAAAGCGUUGUUCAACACACAAAUACACAUAUACACAAACACAGAGUCACAUACGCUCAAUACCCAAACAAACUGACAUAAAAAACUUGGGGAAAUUGCGACUUUAGUGAACAAAGGAUAAUUGUUAGGAAUUCAGAAGCAAAGUGAAAGAAAAAAACAAAAGAAUAUCAAUAACCACCACAGAUAGCCAGUCGUAAAAUGCCAACGGAAAAAUCAAUAUACCAUCCGAAUCCGGCAAUUAGCCGUAACGCCUACAUAUCCAGCUUUGAGGAGUACACGAAAUUCUACAAGGAGUCCUUGGACAAUCCUGCCGAGUUUUGGUCGCGCGUAGCGAAACAAUUUCAUUGGGAAACGCCUGCAGAUCCCUCGAAAUUCUUGCAGUACAAUUUUGAUAUCUCCAAAGGACCCAUUUCGAUAAAAUGGAUGGAAGGCGCCUCGACCAACAUCUGCUACAAUCUGUUGGAUCGCAAUGUCCGCAACGGACUGGGCGAUCAGAUAGCGUACUAUUGGGAGGGCAACCACCCCGAUGAUUAUUCGCGUGGUCUCACCUACCGGAAACUGUUGGAGGAAGUCUGUCGCUUUGCCAACGUGCUGAAGGAUCAUGGCAUAAAGAAGGGCGAUCGUGUCUCCAUUUAUAUGCCCAUGAUCCUGGAGCUGCCCAUUGCCAUGUUGGCCUGUGCCCGCAUUGGAGCAGUGCACUCCAUUGUAUUCGCUGGAUUCUCGCCCGAUUCGUUGGCUGAACGCAUGUUCGAUUGCAAGGCCAAGAUGUUAAUUACAGCCGACGGAGCUUGGCGUGGCGAGAAGCCGCUUUACUUGAAGGCCCUGUGCGAUACGGCCCUGGAGAAGGUCGAGGAGAUGGGUCAUUCGGUGGAGAAGUGCAUUGUGGUGUCGCAUUUGAAGCGAGUAACACCCUGCCAGGAGAAUCAUGUGGAGCAGGACAUACCCUGGACCGACGAUCGCGAUUACUGGUGGCACGAGGAGAUGGAGGACAAGGAGCCUGCCUGCUAUCCCGAAUGGAUGGACGCCGAGGAUCCAUUGUUUAUGCUCUACACGAGUGGAUCCACUGGAAAACCAAAGGGUGUGCUCCACACCACAGCUGGUUACCUGCUCUAUGCAGCAACCACAUUUAAGAUUGUAUUUGAUUACAAGCCCGGUGACAUUUACUGGUGCACCGCUGAUGUGGGCUGGAUUACUGGACACACCUAUGUGGUAUACGGACCACUGGCCAAUGGCGCCACUUCAGUUAUUUUCGAGGGAACCCCCUUCUUUCCCGGCAACGAUCGCUACUGGAGCGUCAUUGACAAGUACAAGGUCACACAGUUCUACACAGCGCCUACGGCUAUAAGGGCACUCAUGAAGUUUGGCGAGGCUCCAGUGCUCAAGCACAAUCUCAGCGGUCUCAAGGUUCUGGGCAGCGUUGGUGAGCCAAUCAAUCCGGAGGCUUGGCUGUGGUACUAUCGCUUAAUUGGCAAGGAACAGUGCUCCAUUGUGGACACAUUCUGGCAAACGGAAACUGGUGGUCAUGUCAUUACGCCCCUACCCGGCGCCACGCCCAUGAAACCAGGCUCUGCUUCGUUUCCCUUCUUUGGAGUCAAACCUUUGCUGCUGGAUGAGUGCGGGAUUGAGAUCAAGGGCGAAGGCGAGGGAUACUUGGUAUUUUCGCAGCCCUGGCCUGGUAUGAUGCGCACCUUGUUUAACAAUCAUGAACGCUUCGAGGACACCUACUUCUCCAAGUUCCCCGGAUUCUAUUGCACUGGAGAUGGUGCUCGUCGUGAUGCUGAUGGUUAUUUGUGGAUCACUGGCCGUGUGGAUGAUAUGUUGAAUGUGUCGGGUCAUCUAAUGUCAACUGCUGAGGUAGAAUCUGUGCUCACGGAGCAUCCACGUGUCGCCGAAUCGGCUGUUGUCUCACGUCCUCAUCCAGUCAAAGGAGAGUGUCUAUAUUGCUUCAUAACGCCCAAUGAGAACGAAGCUUUCGACCAAAAACUGAUCGCGGAUCUUAAGAAGAUGGUGCGUGAACGUAUUGGACCAUUUGCCAUGCCAGAUGUUAUACAGAAUGCACCCGGAUUGCCGAAGACGCGAUCCGGCAAGAUAAUGAGGCGUGUUCUGCGCAAGAUCGCGGUUAACGAUCGAAAUGUGGGCGACACUUCAACACUGGCCGAUGAACACAUUGUGGAAGAAUUGUUCGCUAAUCGACCCGUCGAGGCCAAGUAGACAGUUACCCUUUGGAUAAUCUUGGAUUCGCUUUUAGCUUCAAGAGUUCUCCUUCUCCCCUCUGCUGCAAUCCUCUACUUAGCCAUAAUUAUGUGCGGUACCAUAUUUUAGGCUGUCUAUUGACCAGCGUAAUCAACCGUAUACAAUUUACGUGUGAAUCUUGUAAAUCUCCUUCUCCCUUAAACAUCUAUAUAUAGCUAAUAUAUAUUUAAUUCGUAACUUUGUUGGCCCCCCAUCCGGGCUUACAGUCACAUUCUAUUUAGUUGUUAAGUGUGUAAGUAACAAUUGAUUUGUUUAACUUGAAAAUUCACCCAUUUAUUUGAUAUACAUAUUUUGUCAAUGUGUGUGAAUGAGUUCUUGAAAUGAUUGGUUCUGUAUCCGUAUCGUAUAUAGUACAUAGCAAUGUCUCUUUAUAGUGUAUUCGUAGUUAACAAUUUGCUGAGCACGCACAUUUUUCCAGUUUUCUAGUUUUUCAAGCUCAUUUGUUUCUUUGUUGUAGUCUUAGCUUAAGUUGCUAAAUUCGUUGUGAUACAAAUUUAAUUAUAUUGAUUAUGUAUGUAUUUUUAGUAGAAUUGAUAUAAACAAAAAACAAAACAAAAUAUAUACACAAUUUCAGUAAUAUAUCUUCACAAACAACCACAAUACAUUUCACACUUUUCUUUUUUCAAUUUUUACAAAAUAUUUUUCUCUGUAGUGCUGUUGCUUUCUUUUUCUAUAAUCCGUGCAUCAACUUAAUUGGAACACGUAAGUCCGGAUGAUAAUACAAAUCGAAUUACGAUCUCUAAUCAAUCUAAUUAAAUCGAUCUGAAAUGGGUUUGUUUAUUUAUUUGUUAGAUUGUAAGCUCUGAAAACGAUACAUAUCAAUGUUGCAUAAUGCUUGUCGACAUUCCUAUAUACUAAAUUGGUAUUAUACAUAUAUAAUUAAUCAACUACACACUGAAUAAGAGUGUUAUAUGGUCAAAAGACUUCCUGCAACGUAAACAUAUCAUUGAAGUUACUGCUGCAAAACUCAAAUCUUAUAUACAUAUCAUUAUUGUUAGGCCCGAUUUCGCGAUGUUCAGUGAUGGAACCUGAAUUGAACAUUGUGUUAAACCGACCAUAGUAUUGUUGUUGUUAUCUGUCAACGUUGGGUAAGAGAUAUUUAAGAAAGAUUGAAUGGAACGUAGUGCUUCUUAAACUUUUUGAUAAGGCGCUAUUAACGCCUUUGUCUGAUUGUAACAAGUUGGUUAGAAUCGAGAGAAAUGAAACGUAUAUUGUUUUAGCCUGAAUAUAAUUAGAUGUACAUUACACGAGAUAUAUUUAUCGAAUCAUAUACGAGUAUAUAUGUGUAUU